AUGGACAUCUCAUCUGACCUCACAGAGUUGGGUCGCACACCUGUGGCCGUGGUGUGUGCAGGAGUCAAGUCAGUGCUCGAUAUUCCGCGCACGCUUGAAUACCUGGAGACGCGAGGGGUGACAGUGGUGGUGUACGGUGCCAAGGAGUUCCCAGCGUUCUUCACACCAAGAUCUGGCUGCCCUGCACCCGCCACACUCAGAGACCCUGCCAGCUGUGCAGCUCUCAUUGAUGCCAACCACCGCAUGCAGCUUUCAAGUGGCAUGGUGAUCGCAGUGCCGGUGCCCCAGGGACAGGCAGCAGAGGGGGAGGAGGUGGAACGAGCAACACAGCAGGCCCUUGCCGAAGCAGACGCACAGGGCGUGAAGGGGGCACAAGUCACACCGUUUGUGCUCAAGCGAAUCAAGGAGCUCACAGGAGGGGCGUCACUCACUGCAAACAUAGCACUAGUGAAGAACAAUGCCCGUGUGGGUGCCCAAAUAGCCUAUGCCUCGUCGCACCCCGUCGCUCCAUCCGCCAAUGAUAGACUACAUAAGGACCACACACCUAAUCGACCAAGUAGAUUAGAACUCUCAGCCAGUUCGUUUAGAGGUUGCGGAAUCAGAUGGAGCAGCAGCAUCAGCGGCGCCAGCAGCAGCAGCGGACGUGGCAGCCGGCGAUUGGACGACGGCGUGAAACGAGCGGCUGGACUUGGGCCGGUCACCGCGGCGGCUCAACCGGGCGAAGAGCUAAUGCACCAGUUUUACGAGAUUCGACGAGAAGCAGAGGCAGUUAAAGAGCAACUGGCGGCCAUCAGAGCCACUGCCGACGUGCCACGUCAGCGCGCAGCCAUUGCUGACCUGGAGCGUGACGUGGCAAGGGAGGACCUGUGGGAGGAUCCAGCUCAGGCGCAGCAGCUGAUGACUCAGCUGACAGAGCUGAAGGAUGGUGUGCGAGAGGUCGAGGAAUUUGCGGAUAAGGUCGAGGAGGUGUGCCUUAUAGUGGAGCUGCUAGAAACGGAGCAGACACCAGAUGCGUCACUAGUGGAGGAGGCAAGGGAGGGGCUGCAGUGGGUGCGAGCACAGAUGGAGAGAUACGCUGUGGCUCAGCUGUUGGCAGGACAGUUCGACCGGAAAGGCGCUCGGCUCACAAUAGCUGCUGGCGCUGGCGGCACAGAUGCCCAGGACUGGGCGGACAUGCUCCUACGCAUGUACUCACGGUGGGCAGACAGGCGGGGCUUUAAGAAACGAGUGGUGGAGCGGUCGGACGGGGAAGAGGCAGGGAUCAAGAGUGCGACGCUUGAAGUGGAAGGGCGGUAUGCCUAUGGGUAUCUGAGCGGGGAGAAGGGCACACAUAGGCUCGUCAGACAGUCUCCGUUCAAUGCCAAGGGGCUGAGACAGGCGUACGAGUAUCUGAGCGGGGAGAAGGGCACGCACAGGCUCGUCGGACAGUCGCCAUUCAACGCCAAGGGGUUGAGACAGGUGGGCUUGGGUUUUGGAGUUGGUGAUGAGGCAAGGAAGAAGGAAGCAAUAACCAUCAUGGAGGUGAAGCCGCUGCUGGAGGAGGAAGCAAUGAAUUUGGAGAUCCCUGAGGAUGACCUGGAUACGAGUUUCGCAGGGGUGGAGGUGAUGCCUUUACUAGAGGAGGAGGCAAUCAAGGUGGAGAUUCCCGAGGAUGACCUGGAUGUGACUACAAUGAGGGCGGGCGGGAAGGGCGGGCAGAACGUGAACAAGGUGGAGACGGCCGUGCGCAUGGUGCAUGUGCCCACGGGCAUCGCCGUCAAAUGCUCAGAGGAGCGGUCGCAGGCGCAGAACAAGGCGAAGGCGCUUGCAAUGCUCAAGGCGAAGCUGCUCAUAAUCCUGGAGGAGCAGAGAGCAGCGGAGAUUAGAGAGAUUAGGGGAGAUGUUGUGAAGGCGGAGUGGGGACAGCAGAUUAGGAACUACGUGCUGCAUCCGUAUAAGCUGGUGAAGGAUUUGAGGACGGAGUAUGAGACGAGCGAUGUUGGGGGUGUUCUAGAUGGCGAUUUGGAUGAGCUUUCGAACGAGAUGAAUCCGGCAAGGCGGAGCAAGCGGAUCUCCGAUCCCGUAGAAGCAUCGGUGGUUGAGCGCUUCUUCACGCACAAGGCCGUCGUCAAGCCAACAAUGGCUCGGGAAGCUUCAGAUGCCAGAGGUCCCUCUAUGGCUGCUGCCAAGGAUCCGGAGCUGGACCUUGAAUAUCCUGAGGCUUCGGUUCAGGAGUCCGCACAAGAAGCAUAUGAACAGAAGAAGACUGCUCAAUCCAUGUCUCGUGACUUCGACGAGGAAGACGAGUGGGCUGAACUUGCGAUGACCGUGAAGCUGUGCCUUGCGACCGCUGCUCCCUCGGAGAAACUGCUGGAGGAGCACGUGAAGUUGGUAAUUGAAUCCCCGACAUCUGGAAUCGAAUCUCCCUUUUCCGCGAACACUGAAGGUUUCCUCUCAGAAGCUCCCACUAGCGCCUCUUCUCCUGCUCAUUAUUCUCCGUCCUCAUCGCCUCCGCGUGACGCGACUGCUGCUAAUCGCAUGAAGGUCGCUGCUAGCCUGGCAGCCUCUCGCCGUCAUGACGUCAUGCUGUGUCAUGCUGCGUGGCCAACCACCCAUGAGGCUCCUUCUGGAGAAUACGACUUUUUGGAAAUUUCCAUGGCGUCGAGCGCAAACGGGUUAGGAUCUGGAGGUUCUCCCACAUCUGUUCUGGACGGCUCCCCAUUCAAGCCGUCUAACUGGCACAGCAGGAAACCGGAAGGAUCAAUGCACUCUCUCAAUAACGAGCAGAAGCAGCAAAACCAGCAGCAGUCGACUGCGCAGUGGCCGACGACUUCCGCGCUGCUUCCCGCGCAGCCGUGCCUGCUGUUGCCAACUCAGCGUGUGGUUGUGGAUGUGUCCUUCAGGCAGCAGUUUGAAGUGGCUCGCCCGACCCCUCGUUAUGCCGAACUUCUCUCUCAGCUUCCCUCCGUGUUUGUCGGCGGACGUCAGCGGCUCAAACCCCUUGUCACCGCCCUGGCUACUGCCUUGAACCUGUCACUCCAAAGCAGUGGAAUCGCGAUAGCUCCCUGGCGCCGUACUAAGUACCUUUUAAGCAAGUGGUUCCCAACAACGGAUGCUGGAACUGCUAUCCCUGAAGCUCGCACCCAGAUCCUACCAGAGAUGGUGGCGGGAGACCUUCCUACCCCUGCGCCAGCGGCGCCUACGAACCUUCCAGUCGCAACGACUGCUGAACUGGUUGCUGCUGCGGCCAUGAAAGCUGCUGAUGCUUUACCUUCUGGGAAUGUGUCCACUGAAGUUGUAGCAGCGCUAUCUGGCUUCGUAUCAGUGCCUGUAUCGGUCGGUGUGGUCGGUCAUGUGUGCCAGAACGGCAAGAAGGGGCUUGUGAAAGCUGGAAGCACCAAGGUUCCUCGUGCAGUGACGGACAGCCUGGCAGAGAUGUCACAGCUGCAGCUGCUGGCAAGCAAGGAGGUACUCAAGUGCUGCCAUAAUCACACCUUGCCAUACCAAAAGAACGCCAAUGGCCCUUCAACUGCUGCUGGUGCCAUUGGUGCUGUUGGUUUUCGCCAGUCGUUCCGCUUGCGCGAUUUGCCUCUCGCUCCUAGUGCGAUGGCAUCUGUGACCACCUCGUCUCUUGUUGGUUCCGCGAACCGUGCUGUGAACGCCGCGGUAUGCAGCAGCAGCAACGGCAUGUCCACGCGCCGCGCUGACAUCGUGAAGAUGUGGCGACGCGCGAUUGCAGUGCGCGUGGGACGCUUUAACGAGGUAGAGCAGUGCGCUGUGCGCUCCCCCCGUGCGUCGCUCGGCUUCUCCCCUCUGCGACCCAAGCCCGUGGCUAAGCCGGUCAGCAAGAAGCCCAGGCCCAGGGAUGUGAUGGGUACCGCUGCUGCUGUGAAGCCCAGAGCGGUGCUGAGCGGUCAAGCGUCCGUCGAAUCUGCAGCAACCAAAGCCACGCCAGCUAAGGCGACGCCAGCAAAGGCGACGCCUGCAAAGGCGACGCCUGCAAAGGCGACGCCAGCAAAGGUGACGACAACUAAGGUGACGCCAGCUAAGGUCACGCCGGCUAAGGCGACACCUGCUAAGGCGACUCCAGCUAAGGCGACGCCAGCUAAGGUGACGCCAGCCAAGGCGACAAUUGCUAAGGCAGCGAAAGCUAAGGUGACGCCAGCUAAGGCGACGACAGCUAAGGCGACGACAGCUGAGGCGACGCCAGCUAAGGCGACGCCAGCUAAGGCGACGCCAGCUAAGGCGACGCCAGCUAAGGCGACGCCAGCUAAGGCGACGCCAGCUAAGGCGACGCCAGCUAAGGCGACGCCAGCUAAGGCGACUGCUGCAGGAGGUGUGAAGGCUCCAGGUGCAAGCAGUCCAGCAGCAGCACCAGCAGUACCAGCUGCAGCGGGUCCCCACAGCCCAAAGGCGGGUGUUGUUGGUGCAAGUGGAAUUCCGAGACCUGCAAGCAGUUCGGCACCAAGGAGGGCCGCAGCAGGUGUGACGUCAAGUGGUAUUCCCAAGCCAGGAAAGGUAACAGCCAAGUGA